GAAUAUUACAGGCUACAGAGUAGGAUUUAUUCUCCAAGAGAGUAAUUAAUAAGGCCGGGUCCUGUUUUACAGGGCCCCUCCCUAGUUGCUGACUGUGCUCCGCCCCGCCGUCCUCCUGCCGGCUCCAGGCGGUCCAUGGCGCGCCCCGCGCCCGGGUGGCGGCUGCGGCCGCUGGCGGCGCUCGCCUUGGUGCUGGCUCUGACCCCGGUGGCCACAGCCCGCGCUGGGCAGACGCCGCGCCCCGCAGAGCGCGGGCCCCCGGUGCGGCUCUUCACGGAGGAGGAGCUGGCCCGCUACGGCGGCGAGGAGGAGGAUCAGCCCAUCUACUUGGCGGUGAAGGGAGUGGUGUUUGAUGUCAGCUCUGGAAAGGAGUUUUAUGGGCGAGGAGCCCCCUACAAUGCCUUGACCGGGAAAGACUCCACCAGAGGAGUGGCCAAGAUGUCACUGGAUCCUGCGGACCUCACUCACGAUACUACGGGUCUCACAGCCAAGGAACUGGAGGCCCUAGACGACGUCUUCACCAGGGUGUACAAGGCCAAAUACCCCAUUGUUGGCUACACAGCACGCCGCAUCCUCAAUGAGGACGGCAGCCCCAACCUGGACUUCAAGCCUGAAGACCAGCCCCAUUUUGACAUAAAGGAUGAGUUCUGAUGUCUAGCUGCAAAGGGCUGUUCUAGGGUAGGUGGGGGGACGGGAUUAAAAGUCCCAUGGAACACAUUUGGGGAAGCCUCUGGGUGCCCUGCAUUUGAAUAAAGCUGAUGUUAACUGGGA